AUGACGAUCAGAAUUCUACAUCAUCAAUCCAGAUUAUGUUGUAAAAGUAUUAUGUCUGCGAAGCUGUACAGUUCAAGUGGACAAGUGAUAGAUGUUGCGGAAGUGGCAAAUAACAUAUCUAAAGUAAUGAUGUCUUCUCCACAAUCAGUGCUUGACUCGGCUUUAGAUCAAAGCGGUUUUAGGGUUUCACCGGAAGUAGCAGAAGAUGUUUUGAACAGAUUCAGGAAUGCUGGUUUGUUGGCAUACAGGUUCUUUCAAUGGUCUGAGAAGCAACGACAUUACGAGCAUAGUGUUCGUGCUUACCAUAUGAUGAUCGAGUCUACGGCAAAGAUAAGGCAGUACAAGCUCAUGUGGGAUCUCAUCAACUCAAUGAGGAAGAAGAAGAUGCUAAAUGUGGAGACUUUUUGUAUCGUUAUGAGGAAGUACGCGAGGGCGCAGAAAGUGGAUGAGGCGAUUUACGCGUUCAAUGUGAUGGAGAAGUAUGAUUUGCCGCCUAAUCUUGUGGCGUUUAAUGGAUUGUUGAGUGCUUUGUGUAAAUCUAAGAAUGUGAGGAAAGCGCAGGAGAUAUUCGAGAAGAUGAGAGAUCGGUUUACGCCCAACUCCAAAACCUAUAGCAUUUUGCUUGAAGGAUGGGGUAAAGAACCCAACUUGCCAAAGGCGAGAGAGGUUUUUCGGGAAAUGAUUGACGCGGGUUGUCACCCGGAUAUUGUGACCUAUAGUAUAAUGGUUGACAUACUUUGUAAAGCUGGAAGAGUCGAUGAAGCUCUUGGCAUUGUGAGGAGCAUGGAUCCAAGCAUUUGCAAGCCGACCACUUUUAUCUAUAGUGUGCUUGUACAUACUUAUGGAACUGAGAACCGGCUUGAAGAGGCGGUUGAUACUUUCCUCGAGAUGGAAAAAAGUGGAAUGAAAGCUGAUGUAGCGGUUUUCAAUUCAUUGAUCGGCGCAUUUUGCAAAGCAAAUAGGAUGAAAAAUGUGUAUAGGGUUUUGAAAGAAAUGAAGAGUAAGGAUGUGACGCCUAACUCCAAGUCAUGUAACAUCAUUCUACGCCAUCUAAUAGAUAGUGGUGAGAAAGAUGAAGCUUUUCAUGUCUUUAGGAAGAUGAUCAAAGUGUGUGAACCAGAUGCAGACACAUACACAAUGAUGAUAAAGAUGUUUUGCGAGAAGAAAGAGAUGGAGACAGCAGAUAAGGUGUGGAAGUACAUGAGGACGAAAGGGGUUUUCCCGAGUAUGCAUACUUUCGCAGUUCUUAUUAACGGGUUGUGCGAAGAGUGUAACACUCAAAAAGCUUGUGUUUUGUUGGAGGAGAUGAUCGAGAUGGGGAUUCGACCGUCGGGUGUGACGUUUGGGAGAUUAAGACAGCUGCUUCUCAAAGAAGGUAGAGAAGAUGUGCUCAAGUUUCUUAAUGAAAAGAUGAACCUUUUGGUCAAUGAGCCUUUGUGUGAUUGA